CUCUUUGGCUCUGGCUGUUUUAUAUAUUUAAGGGAAAACAUAUUUAUUACACUGUAACCUGAUGAACAAAAUGCGCUACUUCAAGGCCAUAGCAUAAGAUUGUUUUUUCCCAUUUUCUGAUUCCUAUCAAAGAAUAUAUUCAAAAUGCCCUCCAAAGUGUAACAAAGCCACAACAUCAUCUUACUGUAGGGAUCAAAUUGAGUUUUCCUUAUCACUUAUUUUUAAUGCAUUUUUUUUUUUUAGUUUUGAUAAAUAUGUGGCUGCUGCUGGUGACACAAGUUUGGGAUGGUUGUGAUGCUCAAAGAGUUUCUUUUCCUCAUGUGGUUCCAAAGACUUCUCAGCACUAUGAAUACAGCACAUUGUCUUUUGACUGUAAGGAGUUUGAUGUGUCUCCUGGAUGGAGACUAAUGAGGAAGGUGCCAACCGAAAGUACAGCAUGUGGGACUAGCUGGGGAGUUUUCAGUGGGUACAUUUGCAUCUUCAAACAUGUUUUUAUGGGAGACAGCGGGCAGUACUGGUGUGAGAGCAGAGAUGGAAAGAAAAGCAACACUGUCAACAUCACCAUUACACCUGGUCCUGUGAUCCUGGAAAGUCCUUUACUUCCUGUGAUGGAGGGAAACACUGUGAGUCUGCGCUGUAAAAACAAGACAGCUUCUACCAAUGCCUCUACUUCCAUAUCCUUCUAUAAAAAUGGCCUCUUUAUCAAAAACAUCUCUACCAGCACUUUGAUCAUCCACAAUAUUAACAAGUCUCAUGAAGGACUCUACAAGUGCAACAUCUCAGGAGCUGGAGAAUCACCUGAGAGCUGGCUGGCUGUGAGAAGCAGAGACAACACAGAUUAUCACAUGGUGACGCUCCUUUGUUAUGAUCAGCUUCCUGUUCUCCUCUACCUCCUGAUAAGGACUGUUGGCACAGUUUUAUGGGUCGCUCUGCUGCUGUUGGUGUUAAGAAAACGUCAGCCUUGGAACAACUGAGGAAGAAAAUGUCCACAAGUGCAAAUUGCAAAGGGAAUAACAACUGUUGCAUCAAUGUAUAGAAUUUUCAAAAAGUAGAGGGAAGGAAAACAUUUUUUGUUGUCACCAAGGUUCUGUAGUAAGACAAUUUUUUUCUAAGAACAUAUUAACCACUCUAUUGAUGCUUGGUGAGAAAGUCUUAAUCAGUCAACACCGUAAUGUGAUUUUUUUUCCCGUCUAUAUGACAUAUUACAAUAAAAGCCUUUGAAAGUUAUUUCUACAGAUAAGUGGGGGGAAAAAAGUGUACCUCUAGUUUUCAAAGUCAUAAAUUGGCAUUCCCCUCAAUGUCCAGUAAAUUCUACUGUCUGGAAAAAUAUAUCUCUAGAUAAGUGUCCUAUUCACCAGCUGUCAUGCUACUGUGGAAAAAACAAACAUUAUAUGAUGUAGCUAUAUAUUUUUAGACCAAGCAGCUCAAUCAUGUACAUUAACCACUGCACUGUACGUGCAAUGCAGUCAAUGAGGUGAAAUUUCUCAGAAGUAAACUGAAGAUGUCUGUUGGGUUUCUAAACCACAGUAUCUCUCUACAUUCAUAUUUAUAUUGUUGGUUAAGUCUUUUUUCUUCUUCAUUUUUCUUUGUCUGAAAACUAUCUGCAGCAUAACCACAACGUCUCUAAUGCUCUGUGAAAACAAGCUGUAAGUUUGUUUGAACUGUUAAAAACAUUAUUAAAACAUAUUUAUUAAAUGUC